AUGAAUGAACUAUUUUCAAAACAUCAUAGCCGGAAUGCAAGCAAUCAGUUUUAUAACUAUUCUAUUUCAAACAAUACUGAAAAGGAUACGGCUGGAAAUGAUAAAAUUUAUUAUGAUGAAUAAUCAGAACUCGCAUUAUAGCUUUAGGGUUAGUUUUCUUAAGUCAAUAGCAGCAGGAAAAAACCUUAAGAAGUUUACUUUAGGCAUAAAGGCGAUACAAACUUUAAAAUUGGGACUAAUAUAGAUUUUAUUUUAGAGUCUGAACCUGAACCUGAACCUGAAGUGACUUAAGGAUAGCAAAGCCAAAACAAUCCUUUAAUGAAUACUCAAUCCCAACAAACUUCUAAAGAUAACGAUAAGCUCCUUAAUAAGAAAUUUGACUCUAACAAAAAUGAUGAAGUGAUAUCAAGAGCAGUUAGCGAAGAUUUAUCUAGCUAGAAUAGAAAAAUAGAUCUUUAACACUAAAUUAGGAAAUAGUUAAAUGUUGCUAUGAAAGUAUACAAAUUCAUUAAUAAUUUGAUGAAGUUUUAAAUUCUGAAUAGCUAAUACAUGAUCAAACAAUUUCAAUUAAGUAUAAUUAAUGACCCUGUUUGCUUAUUUAUGAAUGAGUGGUAAUUCAGCAAGUUUAAACCCAAGGGAGUAUUUUUUUCUAGGUUUAGUAGAUCUUAAACUUCCUUCUUAAAAGGUAAUAAUUUUGAAGAAUAAUAAGAGAAAACCUCUGAAAAGUUGAUACGAAUUCUAGCAGAUAUGACUAAUAACUGCUUUUCUAAAGUAGGAAUAAUACACCCCCAAAGUAAAUUCAAAACUGUUUGGCAAUUAUUACAUCUAAUAAUAAUGCUUAUGAUUUUAUUCAUACUCCCUGUAGAAGUUGCUUUAUUUGAAACUGAUUUUGCCUAGCUUUAUCCAUACAAAUUCAACGGAUUAUCAAAAGGAGCUUUUGGAUUUUUCUUGGUAGAUAUUUUCAUUUAAUUAAAUACUGGAGUUUUUGAUAAGGGAACUAUACUGACUGAUAGAUAGGAGCUAGCUAAGCGAUAUAUAAAAAACAACCUAUUAUUAGAUUUAAUAACAGCAAUUACAUUAUUUGCAAAGGAGUUUGGGCUACCCAAAUUUAUAAAUGUUUUCAUUCUUUGCAAAAUACCCUCAUUUUAAAGGAUCUUAGACGAAAUAUAAGAAGCAAAUCUUUCUAAGUCUAAUGUAACAUUUAAGAAUGUCUUAAAGCUAACUAGGUUAGUAAUUGAGCUACUGUUUAUAGCCCACAUUUAUGCUUGCAUCUUUCUGCUCAUAAAUUCUCUUGAACUACACUAUAAUUACACACAAACUUGGAUGACGACUUAUACCAACUAUCUUAAAAAGGAUAUAAAUACCUUGACGUGGCAUUAUAAAUAUAUGAUGUCAUUUUACCUUUGUAUGACCACUAUGACAACUGUAGGUUAUGGAGAUAUAACGCCUUAAAAUCAAAUAGAAACUAUUUUCUAUAUUUUUAGUUUAAUGACGUUAUGUGGUGUAUUUGCUUACUCGUUCAACUUAGUUGGUGUAAUUGUACAGGAAAUGAAUAAGAAAAAUAAAGAAUUCAAAAGAGAUAUUUCUUUAGUAAAUUACUAUAUGGAAAAAUUAUCAAUCAGUAAUGAGCUUAAAUAUCAAGUGAGAAAAUAUUUAGAAUAUCAGCAUAUUUAUAAUGAAGAUAUUACCUUAAGUGAAGAGCAAUAUAUCCUCAACAAAUUGUCUCCUGCCUUAAAGGAAAAGUUAAUACUUGAUGCGCAUAUAUAGAUAAUCAAAAAAUGUGGUGGGGUUUUUUCAAUGUAUUCUGAAGAAUUCAUAGAAAAAGUUUGUUUGAAUUUCUCUAAGUAAAAAUUUUCUAAAGGGGAAAUUAUCUUCAAACCAUUCUAGAAAGAGCAAGAUUAAUGCUUUUAUUUUAUUGAUGAUGGAGAAAUUGAUUUGUUUAGCGAAAGCCCAAGUAUUUAGUAUUAAACUGACAAUUAUUUAACAGGAGAAGAUGAUAAAGAUAAUUCUAAAGAAGAUAAAGAAAAGACAUUAUUAGAUUUGAAUUCUAAUGUUUAAAUUUUGAAAACUUUAGAAAAAAAUUAAUACUUUGGAGAAAUAUGCUUUUAUACAAACGGUGUUAGAAAAUUAGGUGCCAUUUGCAAAAAAAAUAGCCGCUGUUUUGUUAUUCAGAGAUCAAAGUUUAUAAAACUUUUGAAAAAAUAUCCAAAAGAUUAUGAAUUAUUUUGUAAAAUAAGAGAUAAGUUAAUUAUUGACAAUAAUGGAUAUAUAGUGGGUACUGCUUGCUACUCUUGCAAUCAAUACAACCAUACUUUCUAAAACUGCUAUUUGCUUUAACAGAAAUUUGAUAAAGAGAAAAUAUUUUUGUAAGAAAAUAAGCCCUUUUUUUAAAAUAGAAAUUAAAUAAGAAAGUAAAGAAGAAGAAGACUUAAAUUUAAUUGCCUAGUUGAACAAAAAAACAUAGCAGAAAAGGUAGAACUAAAAAGAGUUAGUUUGGAUGAUGUUGAAUCAGAUUCCAACGAAGAAGAUGAUUAAAUUGAUGAUAAUUCAUAAACAAGUAAUUAAGAUAUUCAAAGUAUUGAAGUUAAAAUUAAAGACAAAAAAGUGAGAAAGAAAAAUACCAGAAAUUAUUCAAGCAAUACUUUACAAAUACCUUAAAAAUCAGUUAAUAUUUUUAAGCAGAGCUCAAUUGACACCUCAAAAAGCCUUAACAACAUUUAGCAAACUGAAGGCAACGAGGAACUCUAGAAAAAAUCAGUUAGUAAUACUUACCUCCAACCAAUUGUUGAGAAUGAAUCAAUCAAAGAAUACAGCCCGUUGAAGUACUCAAAUCCUUAUUAAAACGAAAAUGGGAAUCAUUAAAACUCUAUGAAGUAAAUUACUCUAUAAAAGUAUUCUGAAGAGAAAAAAUUCCCAAAUAAGAUUUUUCCUUCAUAGUAAAGUAUGCUGUAGUUAAAUACAAACCCCAAAACACUUUAGCAAUAACUUAUGUUGGCUUCGUUUUAGAAUAUGAUUUUACAAAAAAGAGAAGGAUAAGAAAGCUAAAGAAACUCAAUUGUAAGACCUUAAGGAACUUAUGAAUAAUUAUAAAUGCCUCCUUCUCCUCUCAUAAAAAACUAAUCUCCUAUUUAAAUAGACUCUCCUCAAGUACAAAAGUUUGGCUACAGAUUCUUAGCUCAUGAAACGGAAAAUGAUCCUUUGAUUGCAUUUUAGUAGCAGUUAUAAGCUAUAUAAUAGUAAUAGCAGCCAUAUGUUUCUCUUCUUCAUGAAUAAGAAAAUCAGUAAAAUUUAGAAACUCAUAGCAUUACUAAAAUUUAGAGAUAAAAUGUGUAUUGUCAGGGAUAAAUGAUUGAACCAUUUACUUAAUUGUUACUUCAAUAAUAACAAGAUUAAAUUAAAGGCAAUUAAGCUUUAGCAACGUUACUUGAAAUUUCAACUCCAAAUAACUAAAAAGCUAAAUAUUAAAAAGUAUCAGAGGUAGAUACACACUAUGUAAUUGAAGAACACAUGCAAGAAUUCAGAGUUUACUAUCCAGAGUAUAAUUUUUCAGUGGUUAGAUUUAGGCUUCCAAGAACAACAAAAGAUUAUCGAAAUUUCCAUCCUGCAUUUUGUAAGUACACAUACUUUAACAGAGUAAUAAAAAAGAAUGACAGAAAAAAAAGCAGAAAGCAAUCAGAGAAAGUAAUUCCAUCCAAUCAUAGAAUGUCGCUAAUGCAUUAAUAUGCUUGA